UCUUAUCGUAGCUUCAAUCAUCAUUCAGUAGUGAUCGGUUGUUCAGGUUACAUCUCGGAAAGGCAAACAUGAAGGCGUUCAUCGUAUUCUCUAUGGCUUUGGCCAUUGUUAGCUGUGGGGCAGUCGACAACAGCCAGAAGGAAAAACGGGGUCUCUGGGAGGAGAGCUAUGAGAACCACGAGCAGCGUCACUAUGACCCAUAUGAAGAUGACAACAGCCAGCUGCACCAUUUCUCAACCCAUCAGUUCAAGGAAUACGAACAUGAUAACCAGAAUCAGUAUUAUCAGCAUCAGGAUCUGAGCAACGGGUGGGAGGCAAAGAAGGAAAUCAAGCACAUCAUCACCAAGAAAGUCCCAGUUCCAUACCCAGUGGAGGUCGAGAAACGCAUCCCAGUCGAAGUGAAGGUCCCAUACCCAGUGGAAACUGAGAAGAAGGUCCCAGUUGUCGUCGAAAAGAAGGUCCCAGUGUACGUCGAGAAGAAGUACCCAGUCCAUGUAGAUCGCCCAGUUCCGUAUCCGGUGAAGGUUGAGGUCCCAGUCUACAAGAAAGAGUACGUUGAGGUCCCAAAGCCAUACGCAGUUCAUGUUGAGAAGCCUUAUCCAGUGUACGUGAGCAAGCCUGUCUACGUAGAGAAGCCAGUUCCAGUCACCGUCUACAUCAAGAAGCACGAGAAGAAACCUUUCUGGGGUUGAGUGAUGAUUGAGUUUGUGACUGAAGCCUGAAUCUACGUAGAGUUUCAGUGCUGAAUGUUGAUAAUAUAGUUAAUGUUUAAGAAAUUUAA